CAACGAGAAUAUCGGAAGGAAGGGCACAAUCCAUUCAGCCUGAUCACAUAAUACACCAUGGGUCUCGUUCGCCAUAUAACGCGGUCUCGGCUCGUCAUAGCGAUAUUUCUAUCGACUGGGGUUUACACAAGUUGUGCGUUGUCGACUCGUUCCUUGUCGGUAUCUUCGUCUUCGCUUCGAUCGGCAUCCACUCUUCAGCCUUCCUCACUACCAGUAUACCCUGCCUGUAGCGUUGCUCCUCUCUACGCCAGCGUUGCAUCUUCCGGAAAGGAUGUUCCGCGCGAAAAAGCCGACGCCCUCACCACAAACGUCGCUUCCGUUGGCACCGGCACGGCGUCUUCGACGCAGCUCAUUUUUACUCUCGUCAAGGCUAUUGUAGGAGCAGGUGUGUUGACCCUACCCGCCGGUAUCGCUUCAUUUGGCAACGCCCCGUCGGCGGCCAUUCCCGCACUGGGUCUGAUCACUGUCAUCGGCAUUCUCAGUGGCUACGGCUUUGCCCUCAUUGGACGAGUCUGCCACUUGACGGGGACGAGCUCGUAUCGCGAGGCCUGGAAGGCCAGCGUCGGAGAACCUUCAUCUUGGAUCCCGGCUUGGUCCGUCACGCUCAAAACAAUCUUUGCCGUUCUGGCCUACAGUAUGAUACUGGGAGAAACCUUUCAGAGCUUGUUCCUCACGGCAGGGUUGGCCUGGAGCAAGACGGCCGUUCUCACCACUAUUACCAGCGUCGUCCUGCUACCACUGUGUUUGCUCAAAAACUUGUCCAGUCUCGCGCCAUUUUCUCUACUGGGUAGUUUGGGAAUGUUAUACACGGCAGUUGCCAUGGGGAUUCGGUAUUUUGGUAAAGCAUACGUCGGGUCCGGAAAGUUCGCGCAGGACUUGCCCUUCAACUUACAACCGGCCUUUGGAACGAUUGGUGCGUCCGGUGUCUUUAAUACGCAAACCAGUAUUCUCGUCGGCAUGCUAAGUACUGCCUACAUGGCGCAUUUCAAUGCACCCCGAAUAUAUGCCGAACUCGAAAACAACACGGUUCCCCGGUAUCUCAAAGUCGUCGCCAGCUCGUUCGCCAUUUCCAUUGGUCUUUUUGCCACGAUGGCGAGCUUGGGAUUCCUGACCUUUGGGGCGCACUCCUCGGGCUUAAUUUUGAACAACUACAGUGUCCGCGAUACACUCAUGGGCAUCAGUCGCUUGGCCGUGGCCUUGAGCAUUGUUUUUUCGUACCCUCUCGCGUUUGUCGGUGCUCGAGACGGCGUGCUUGACUUACUGCAGGUUCAAAAUCGCACCCCAACCGUAUUGAAUGGUUUGACUGUGGGACUCUUAGCUGCCGUGACAGCGGCAGCCUUGUCAAUUCCCGACGUUUCCUUCGUUCUAGCCUUUGCCGGCAGUACAUUGGGGAACGCUUUAAUUUAUAUUUUCCCCGCACUCAUGUGGCGGGGAGCUGUUCGGAAGCAGCCCAAUUCUACCACGGGGCAACGACGAGAAGUUAAGCUUGCCAUGAUGUCGGCCUUUGCGGGAUUGGGUAUGGGCAUUAUGGGAGCUACCAAGGCCGUGCAGUCCAUCUUGUAA